AUGGCAACCCAGAUCACGCCAUCAAAGCAGGCAUCUUCUGGACUGGAGAACCUCAAGAUGGGUGACUCGCCUGCAAAGAAGCUCAAGUUCGAACCCGUCGACAAGGAAAAUGUUCCAGUCAACAUCCCCGCUCCUGUGAUGGACGACCUUGAGCUCAAGAAGCCCCUCGUCGAAGUCUAUGAUGCCAAGAAGGAAGUGACGCCAACUGUUGCACCUACGAUCAAACCAGAGGAGGCAGACGAGCCUCUGCUACAAGAAAACCCUCAUCGCUUUGUGCUCUUUCCUAUUAAAUAUCAUGAGAUAUGGCAAAUGUACAAGAAAGCCGAAGCCUCCUUUUGGACCGCCGAAGAAAUUGACCUCUCCAAAGACCUCCACGACUGGAACAACCGACUGAACGACGAUGAGCGCUACUUCAUCUCCCACGUCCUCGCCUUCUUCGCUGCUUCAGACGGAAUCGUCAACGAGAACCUCGUCGAGCGUUUCAGCGGUGAAGUUCAAAUACCAGAAGCACGUUGCUUCUACGGUUUUCAGAUCAUGAUGGAGAACAUCCACUCCGAGACAUACUCCCUGCUCAUCGACACAUACAUCAAGGAGCAGAAGCAGCGCACAUAUCUGUUCGAUGCCAUAGACACCAUCCCCUGCAUCCGCAAAAAAGCCGACUGGGCCCUAAAGUGGAUAUCCGACAAAAACUCCACCUUCGCCCAACGACUCAUCGCCUUCGCCGCCGUCGAAGGCAUCUUCUUCAGCGGCUCCUUCGCCUCCAUCUUCUGGCUCAAGAAACGCGGUCUGAUGCCCGGUCUCACCUUCUCAAACGAACUCAUCUCCCGCGACGAGGGCAUGCACACCGAUUUCGCCUGCUUGCUCUUCUCACACUUGAACAACCGCCCAAGCAAGCAGGCCGUGCAAGACGUGAUUACCGAGGCCGUGGCCAUCGAGCAGGAGUUCUUGACCGAGGCACUGCCGUGCGCGCUGUUGGGCAUGAACGCCAACCUCAUGAAACAAUACAUCGAAUUCGUCGCCGAUCGUCUCCUCCUCGCCCUCGGCAACCAGAAAUACUACAAAGCGACCAACCCAUUCGACUUCAUGGAAUCCAUCUCGCUCGCCGGCAAGACCAACUUCUUCGAAAAACGCGUCGGCGACUACCAGAAAGCCGGCGUGAUGGCCAGCGCGAACAAGAAGGAGGUCGUCGAGGGACAAGAGGAGAAGAAGAAUGAGAAUGGUGGGGACUUCAACUUUGAUGAAGAGUUCUGA